AUGUAUCAUGCUCCACUUAAGAAUGUUUAGAAUUUGAAACUAUUACUUGAUUGCCAUUAUGGUGGAGAAGUAUGGGGAAUCGCAGCUAGUCGUAACUCAUAAACCAUUAUUACUUGCGGUGGAGACGGUGUUCUCCGUUAAUGGGAUAUCAAUCAAUAUACCUUGGUUAAAUGUUCAUCUCCAUUUGAAAAUGACAUAAGGGCAGUCGAUUGGAGUUCAGAUGGCAAAUACUUAGCUGUAGGAGAUGUGCGUGGAUGCAUUUACCUAAAGAAUUCCAAAGCAGGAUCCCUAAAAUAGAGUACAUAAGGAAAAACAUUUUGGAUAGAAGAUAUUAAGUUUUCACCGGACAGCACUAAAAUUGCAUUUGGUGCUCACGGCACAUAGUCAUAAGUAGAGGUAUGGGAAAUUGAAGGAGGUAAAUUUUCUAAAUAAAGUUCAAUAAACAUCUCAUUGAAUAGUAGUUUGAUUAAAUUAGAUUGGGCUAUGGAUUCCAUUCACAUAGUAGUGAAUUCAUCAACUUAUGAGUUGAAAUUUGCAAAUGUCUAAUCUUUGAAGGAUGUUCCAGGACCUUAAGUGAAAGAAUUGGAUUGGUACACUUGGACUUGUUUAUUCGGUUUCAAUGUUUAGGGAAUUUAUAAAAAGGAUGAAUAUUCAGUGACUGCAGUUUGUGUUGAUAACUAAAGAUAGAUAUUGGCAACAGGAGAAUAUAAUGGUAUAAUAAAUCUGUAUCAGUAUCCUGCUGUUUGUUAAUUCAACUAGAUUCAUAAAGAAUACCCUGGACAUGCAAAUGCUAUUACAAGAAUGAGAUUCUCAUUUGAUGAUAGUAAAUUGAUUUCAACAAGUGGUAUGGAUAGGGGAAUAUUCAUUUGGAAAACAGAUUGGUCUAAAUCGAUGAGAAUGCCUAUGGAAAAUUCGAUGAGGAUAUUGAUGAUUUAGCUGCUCUAUCAGUUCCAUAGGAAAAGAUUAGAAGAUUUGGAUCUGGAUAAGUAUGGCAAAGUGAGAAGAAGAGAUAAUCAAUUCGAGAAGAAUGAAGAUCAAUAGAAUUAUAAUGAUCAGAAUGAGAAAGGAGAUGAAUUCACUAUCAUUCGACCAUGGAUGGGAGCAAUCAAAGAACCUUCCAAUUAUUAUAAAGAUCCAUUGAACCAAAAUAAACAGCCUUUGGUGGAAUUGACCUUAGAAUAUGUUCAUGGGUAUCGUAGCAAGGAUUGCAGAAAUAAUGUGAAAUACUUAAAGAGAGGACAGAUUGUUUACAAUGCUGCUGCAUUAGCUGUUGUCUUAGAUCCCAAUCCCAAUCCAAAUACUAAUUCAAAUGCAUAAAGAUUUUUCAAUCAUCAUACUGAAGAUGUAGUCAUGUUUGGAUGUGUAGCUACUGGAUAAUUAGGAGCUAAUCCAUGUAUUUACAUAUGGGAAAGCAACACUCAAGCCAUCAUCUGCUCAAUUAGAGGUUAUUUUACAAAAGGAAUCUUACAAUUGGCAUUUAACGACUCAGGAGAUAAAUUAGCUGCUAUUGGAAUGGAUGAUUGCCAUCAAUUAUGCAUUUUUGACAUAAUAUCUAAAUCUUUAACUGGAGGAACUUUGUUGGUCAAAGAUCAAAUUGGAAAGGAUAUUGUCACAGACAUUAAAUGGAAAAAUGAUUCUGAAUUUGUUACAUGCGGAUUGAACCAUCUUAAAUUCUGGAAAUUAGGACAUGGAGGUUUGACUUACUCUAAGGCUUAUCCUUAAAAACCUUUGUCUUAUAAAUAUUUAUGUGCAGCUGUCAACAAUGAAGAUUACUUGUUGGGUGCCGUGGAUGGAUCCUUGUAAAUAUUCUCUGGUGCCAAAUUCACAGCUUAUUACUAAUAUCUAGAGGCCAAUCGAUCAUUAGAAGCUAUAAGUGUUUCCAAAGACUUGUAUUUAUAUUCAUCAUCAUUAGUGUUCUCAUCGGAGGAGCUGAUUCUAAGAUUGUCAUUAUAGAUUCCAAGACUUACAAAUUCAGUUUUAUCUUUUAAGUUAUCAGAAUGCAUGAGGAAUUCAUUGGGAUUAGAAGUCAAGUCCAUAUCGUUAGGAUUGAGUGAUUAGAAGACUUUACUUAUAUCAACUAAUGCUGGAGAUAUUGUUGAAUUAGUUACUAAAGAUGCCAAAAUCAAUAUUAACUCCAAAUUUGCUGUUUCUAAAACCUUAAUGAAAUCUCAUUGUUCUCCAAAUAAGCGAUCUUUGAAUGAAAUUUGGGGUUUGGCUAUUAAUCCACAAGAUUCUGAUCAAUACUAUACUUGUGGAGAUGAUGGAACUCUAAGAUCUUGGUCUAUCAGUCAAAAGAAAAUGCUCAAUUGCAUCAAAACCAAUCUUGAUGUUAAUGGAGCAGAAAUCAAACAAGAUGAAGUUGGUGAAUUGCCUGAUAAUACAAAAGGUAGAUGUAUAGCUGUUUCUUUGGAUGGUAUUUCAAUAUGCGUAGGAUUUAAGGAUGGAACAUUUAGGAUAUAUGAUAAAGAAUUCAAAUAAAAAUAUGUUAAUAGAUUAGCCAAAGAGUGGAUUAGUGAUAUCAAAUUCAGUCAUGAUCAAUCUUGGAUUGCAAUUGGAUCUCAUGAUAAUUCCAUAUAUAUCUACAGUUUCCCAGAUAUGAAACAACGUUACAAACCACUCAAGAAACAUUCAAGCUACAUUACUCAUAUUGAUUUCUCCAUAGAUGGAAAUCAUCUUCAUAGCAAUUGCGGAGGAUAUGAACUAUUGUUUUGGGAACUUCAAACUGGUAAAUAAUUGCCAAAUGGAGCAAAUUAAUUAAGAGAUGAGAAAUGGUUGACUUGGACUACACCAUACGGAUGGCCAGUUUAAGGAAUAUGGCCAGAUAUCUAAGAUGGCAGUGAUAUCAAUGCUGCUGUCAGAUCAAAUAAGACAUAUAAUGAAAAGGAUAAACCCCCUGAUAAUUAUCAUUUGAUUGCAACUGGUGAUGAUAACUCAUAAAUCAAAGUAUUUAGAUAUCCUUGCGUUAAGAAAGAAUCAGCAUACAUCUUAGGAAAAGGACAUUCAUCUCAUAUUACCAACAUUGCUUGGUCAAUGGAAGAUCAUUACUUGUUUAGUAUUGGCGGAGAAGACAAUUCUAUAUUCUAAUGGAAAAUAAGUAAAUUGAGAUGAUUUAUUGUUAAAAUUAUCAAUAAAAUUAAUUAUUUAUA